AAUUUAAGCCAGUCACCUUCGGAACCUAGAGAAAGAAAAGUCAAAGAAACUCUCUCAUCUCAUCUCUGUCUCUCCCUCCCUCCCUCUCUCUCUCUCGAUGAGAAAAUGAAUUCAAUUUUGAAGUCAGUGAACGGUUUCAUUUCAUCGGAAUCCGCAAGAGAGUAUGCGAAGAAGGAAUUCAAUGCGAUUCUAUGGAUCGCCUUGAUUACCAUUACCGCUCUUUUGCUUGAUAAGGUCUUUACGCUGUUUAGAUUAUGGUCCAAAGCUAGUAAGAUCCCUGGACCGCCUUGUAAUUCCUUUUUUGGCCAUGGAAACCUCGGUUCUCGUGAGAAUUUCAUCGAUCUUUUAUCGGAGUCGCAUGAUAAAUAUGGAUCAGUUUUCAAGUUGUGGUUGGGGCCAACUCAGCUUUUGGUAUCUAUGAAGGACCCAACCCUUAUCAAAGAUAUGCUUUCGAAGGCUGGAGAUAAAUUGCCUUGCAUUGGGAAGGCAUUUCGUUUGGCCUUUGGACGAUCAAGUCUCUUCUUUUGCUCAUAUGACCAGGCACAAAAGGGAAGAGAAUCACUAGCGUUGGAAUUGGAUGAUAAAAUGCUUGGGAGAGCGAAUGUAAUCCCUAAAAAUGUUGUGGACUGUAUCAUGGAAGGAGUCGAUGCUAGUAUGAGCACGGGAAGUGUUGAUUGUAAAUUAAUUUCACAGCAUAUGGCUUUUACCAUUUUGGGGACCACGCUUUUUGGAGAUACAUUCCUGGCUUGGUCCAAGGCAACUUUUUAUGAGGAGCUUCUGAUGAUGAUUGCUAAAGAUGCUUCCUUUUGGGCUUCAUAUAGAUUUACACCUUUCUGGAAACGGGGAUUUUGGAGGUACCAGUCAUUGUGCACGGAAUUGAAAUGCUUAACUCUAGACAUUGUUCAACAGUGUGGAAAAAAUUACAAACUAUUUUGCCAUAUGGAUCAAAACUCUCACAUUGGAACUGCAAAAGUAGGAAUAAAGGCUGCAUCUGGUGCACCACCUUCUUCCGGUGUUGAGAUGCAAGAUAAUUUUUUCUAUCAGGAGCUUGGUGGUGAUCUUAUUGCAAGAGAAGAACCAUGUGGAAAUAUUAUGGGUUUGAUGUUUCAUGGAUGCAUAGCCACUACAAGUUUAAUUGGUAGUAUCCUGGAGAGGCUUGUUGCAGAUGCAGAGAUACAGGAUAAGAUAUAUUCUGAGAUAAUGAAGGUAAAGAAGGGUUCAGUGAGAGAAGAUCAAGAUGUUGAGGAAAUGCUUUUGUUAUUGGCAACUAUUUAUGAAUCAGCCCGUCUUCUGCCAGCAGGACCUUUGCUGCAGAGAUGCUCUUUGAAAGAUGAUUUGAUUCUUAAAAAUGGUAUGUUAAUACCAGCUGGAGCACUACUUGUUGUGCCUGCACAAUUGCUGCAGAUGGAUGGUUCUAGUUGGGGCAGUGAUGCUAGCAAAUUUAAUCCAUAUCGAUUUUUAUCAAAAGCUGGAAAGGGCUCUGAUUUGGUGCAGGAUACAUCAUUUACAGAAGAAGCUGCAGAUCCAAUUCCGUGUUCAUUCGUUUUGAAUGAUCCAAAUGAUGAUGCAGCAUUUCUUCCCUUCGGUUCUGGCAUGCGGACUUGUGUGGGUCAGAAAUUUGUAAUCCGUGGAGUUGCCACUUUGUUUGCUUCAUUGCUUGAACGCUAUGAGGUAAGGCCCCGUCCUCAAUUGGGAAAUGACCCAAAAUCAACAACUAAUCCGGAGAUAGUCUUUGUGAAAAGAAGCCGCUGAAAGAAGAAAUGUGAAGGUUAUGGUGCGAAUACUUGUUCUUGUUGUUACUUCUUGAGUCGUCGACGUAUUCCCUUACCUUUGAUGGGAAGGCAUCUGGUUUUGUUCUUUCCUUAGUGUCAUCAGAACUGAUGGGGAGUCCUAUCCUGUUUUUGCUCAUUAGCUACCAAGCGGGAGGAUGUUACACGGGUAUGUUUUGUGGGCUCCUGUUUUUUCCUCUCCGUGUUUUAAAUAGCUCAAGUGCUGUCCAAGUGGCAUGAUAUUUUUCUUCAUGUCUUUGAAGCACUCUGAGCCUAUAUUUGCUACUGAGCCAUGUGGUUUUCAUCUCCAUCUUUUAACAAUUUCCAAACUUUUUUUUUUUUUGUUUUUUCUCUCUCAAAGAGAGAGUUUAUGUUGUAUCUUGAUACCCUCAGAACACUGUGCAAGGCUGUUAGCAUGUUGGUUGGUUGAAUAAAUGUUUUGCAUGCUAAUGUUUUA